GCAACAACAACAACAACAGCAACAACAACUGGUCUAUUAGCGGUAACAAGGUGCAACGCUGAAACAAUAGUCCACAAAGCAGUUGUCAGUCCAUUCAUGAGUGGCACAGGCAAUAACACAAGCAACAACAACAACAACAACAACUACAACAGCACCAGCAAAAACAACAACUAAACCAGCAGCGUACGAACCAAAAAUAGUGACAGACCAACCAUUUACUGACAGUCAAUAAUCGAUUAAUACCAAACAACAAUAGCAACGCAAGAGGCAACACCAGCAAAUCAACUAUCAAAGAACAAAGAAUAGCGACAACUCAACCAGUAAGCAGUAACUAACAACCAACAACCAGAAGCAACAACCAGAAGCAACAACCAGAAGCAACAGCAGCAAUUGUCAACGGCAACAACUAAAUCAGCAAGAAACAACCGUCAACCAAUAAUAGUGGCAACAUACUCAACAACGACUCAACAAUUAAACCAGCCAGUAACAAUCACCAAAAGUGACACCUCAAUCAUCAACAACUAACAAUCGAUAACCGAUAACCGAUAGGCAACAAUCAAAAAAAAUGCAUCGCAUACGUUCGACUUUUACGCGUUCGCGCACUCCGACGGGCGCCGAAAUGAAAAUGCAGAAUAGUCUCGAGGUUCCCAAGCAGGUGCGCUCCGCCUCGUUUGAUGAGAUGCAAUUGGAGACGCAGCGCUCCGCUGCGCAUCUCCUGAAGCAGCAGUCAUCCUCGUCGGCAGACGAGCGAUCCUCGGAGGGUGGCUAUCUGCAGGUGCCGCAGGCAGCGCAUGCCCAACGCUCGCACAGUUUCGACUCGGCAGCCGCCUCCGUGGGCAGCGAUGAUUCUGGUGCUUUUCUUGAGGUGCCACGGCGUCUGAAGGUGCGGCGCAGCUCUUCGACGAAGACACCGCCGCCGUGCAUCCAUUGCCAUUUUGUGGAGCAAUAUGAGAAAGAGAUGACAGCCGAGCGGCGCUAUUUUAUUGACCACCGAGAGCUGAGCACUCUCAGCUAUAGCAACACCAGCUCCGAUACGAGCGACGAUGAUGACAGCACAGAUGCCUUGGACGAUGAUGAUGCGGCUGGUGCCUGUGGCGGCAUGGAGAUGGACGACGAAGCCGCUAUUGAGAUGGAUCUACGCAUGUCCAAUCUAAGCAUGGGCAUCAGUAUGCUCAGCAGCAUUGAGGAGUCGCGGACGCGCCUGCCCCGUCAAAUGCGUCGCCACACGAUCGGAAGUUCGGUGACCACGUCCGAGGAUGAGGGCAUGGAGGGUUCUGAAAAUGGAUCGCCGCACUUUGGCAACACCCUGUUGCCACCGCAACCAACAACGCCAUGUGGCAUCACCUUCACACUGUCGCCAACCAAUGGCGACUGUCCCCCAUUUCCGGAUUAUGCGUUCCCCAUUGAUCCUGGCUCGCCGCCCAUCUCUCCAGUACCAACUCCCACGCUUGUGCGACAGACCAGUCCGGUGCUGGAGCUGCCGUCUACUUCAAACGGAUGCCAGCAGCUAAGCGCUACAGCUGCCGCAGCAGCUGCAGCACUGACGCUGCCUGCCAUCGCCUCCAGUGGUUCUAGUUGCGCCGCCAGCUGCUCCAGUGCAGAUGCCGAUGAUGCGGCCGCUGCCAUGGGCUUGCCAAUGGUGGGUCGUGGCAGGCGUCGUUCGAUAUCGCGACAGGAGGCCAUCUUUGUGGAGCCGACGGGCAAUUCGCUGGAGAAUGUGUCGCACGAGGAGGUGGGCACUGUCACCAAGUCAUCGGUGGACACCGCUGAUUCACUGGAAGAGGCCUCCAUAAUGGCCACCUGCGGUUCCCCAACAGCACCCAACGCAGCCGCAGCCGUUGCCGCUGCCAACGCCAGUCAUCAUUCUACAUUCGUUGUGCGGGAUAUUUAUUUGACGGUGCCGGACCUGAGGCGUGAUCGGGCCGCGUCGGUGGACUCGUGCUUCUCGAAGCUCUCAUCCGGCGGCAAAACGGAGGAGUUGCAGCCCACAGGUGAUGUCUGCUUUCUCACCGUGCCCAACAACAAUGCGACCCGCUCUCGUUCCGUUGACAUCGUCCUGCCCACCGAUGAGCAGGCACGCUACAAGGCGCUUGCCAUGACUGGAAGCGGCGGUGGCGGAGCUGCCGCUGGCCUCUACGUGGAUGGACGCACGGCAUCGACAAGCAAUCCCCGUAGACCAAUACGCAUUGUCCCGGAUUGGACGGAAAAUGCGGUGCAGGGUGAGCAUUACUGGAAGCCCACCUCGGCCUCGGGCGAUCUCUGCUGCCUCAACGAGGAGUGCAUUAAGAGCGGACAGCGGAUGAAGUGCUCGGCAUGUCAGCUGAUUGCGCACCAGAAUUGCAUUCCAAUUGUGAAUGAAAAGACUCAACUAGUGUGUAAGCCAACAUAUCGGGAUGUUGGGAUCCGGCAGUAUCGGGAGCAGACGACCACCCAUCACCAUUGGGUGCACCGCAAGAUGGAGAAGGGAAAGUGCAAGCAGUGCAACAAGGCUGUGCAGAGCAAGCUCUUUGGAUCGAAGGAAAUUGUCGCUCUAUCGUGUGCCUGGUGCCAGGAGGUUUAUCACAACAAGGAGUCGUGCUUCAAUCAGGCCAAGAUUGGCGAGGAAUGCCGCCUGGGCAACUAUGCGCCCAUCAUUGUGCCGCCAUCGUGGAUUGUGAAGCUGCCGAACAAGGGCAACUUCAAGUCCUCAAUUCGUGUGAGCAACAAGAAUAGCUCAGCGGGUGGUGCUGCCGGUGGUGUUGGUGGCGGCGCUGGCGGCAAGAGCAAGAAGCAGACGCAAAAACGCAAGGGCAAGGAUGAUAAAAAGGAGCCGCGCUGCUUCAUUGUGAAGCCCAUUCCAUCACCGGACGUUAUACCGGUCAUUGUCUUUAUUAAUCCCAAAUCCGGUGGCAAUCAGGGCGUCAAGCUGCUUGGCAAGUUCCAGCAAUUGCUUAAUCCACGUCAGGUAUUUGAUCUGACGCAGGGUGGUCCCAAAAUGGGAUUGGAAAUGUACCGCAAGGCUCCAAAUCUGCGGGUGCUAGCCUGCGGCGGUGAUGGAACGGUUGGUUGGGUACUAUCCGUCCUGGAUCAGAUUCAUCCGCCAUUGCAGCCGGUGCCAGCAGUUGGCGUGUUGCCACUGGGCACCGGCAAUGAUCUCGCCCGAUCGCUCGGUUGGGGUGGCGUAAGUGAAUUAACUCAACAAAAUUAUUUUGAUGUGAGACAACAAAUUUAUGUGCGAUUCACUCUAAUAUCGCAGGGAUAUACCGAUGAACCCAUUGGGAAGGUGCUGCGCGAGAUUGGCAUGUCGCAGUGCGUUCUGAUGGACCGCUGGCGUGUAAGGGUGACGCCCAAUGAUGACGUGACCGACGACCACGUUGAUCGCAGCAAGCCGAACGUUCCAUUGAAUGUGAUUAACAAUUACUUUAGCUUUGGCGUAGAUGCGCAUAUUGCGCUCGAAUUCCAUGAGGCGCGCGAAGCGCAUCCGGAGCGCUUCAAUUCGCGACUGCGCAACAAGAUGUACUACGGCCAGAUGGGCGGCAAGGAUCUCAUCCUGCGCCAGUAUCGCAAUCUCUCACAAUGGGUGACGCUCGAAUGCGAUGGCCAGGACUUCACUGGCAAGCUGCGCGACGCCGGCUGCCAUGCCGUCCUCUUUCUCAACAUACCCAGCUAUGGGGGCGGCACACAUCCGUGGAACGACUCGCACGGUCCGACGAAGCCGACUAUCGACGAUGGCCUCAUGGAAGUGGUUGGCAUGACAACCUAUCAGUUGCCAAUGCUGCAGGCAGGCAUGCACGGCACCUGCAUCUGCCAGUGCCGCAAGGCACGCAUCAUUACCAAUCGUACCAUUCCCAUGCAGGUCGAUGGGGAGGCCUGUCGCGUCAAACCAUCCAUUAUUGAGAUCGAGCUGCUCAAUCAGGCGCUUAUGUUGUCCAAGCGCAAGCACGGACGCGGCGAUGUCCAAAUCAAUCCGCUGGAGAAGCUGCAACUGCAAAUUAUGAGAAUAACAAUGCAGCAAUACGAACAAUAUCACUAUGAUAAGGAGAUGUUGCGCCGGCUGGCCAACAGGUUGGGGCAGAUUGACAUCGAGUCUCAGUGCGAUCUGGAACAUGUGCGCCACAUGCUGAACGCCAAGUUUGAGGAGUCCAUAACCUAUCCGAAAGUAUCCCAGGACUGGUGCUUCAUCGACGCAUGCACCGCUGAGCACUAUUUCCGGAUCGAUCGAGCCCAGGAGCACUUGCAUUACAUCUGCGACAUUGCCAUCGAUGAACUAUACAUACUUGACCAUGAGGCAGCCACCAUGCCGCAGACCCCGGAUCAGGAGCGCUCGUUUGCCGCCUUCUCACAGCGACAGGCGCAGACCGAGCGGAGGCAGCUGGACCAGGCCCAGGGGCGCAGCAACGGCAGCACGGAUGAGGACUUGCAAAUUGGCUCCAAGCCCAUUAAAGUGUUGAAGUGGAAGAGCAACAAAGAUCGUUUAUUCAGUUUUAACGAAGAUGUUUUUGGUUGUGGAUUCAGCCCUAUUUUGGAGCAAACUUCCGAUGCCGUACUACUAGCGGCCCAAGGCGGCGAUUUAAAUAUGUUCCGUGCUUUACAUGAACAGGGUAAUUCAUUACAAUCAGUCAACAAGAACGGGCAGACUGCACUGCACUUUGCCUGCAAGUACAACCAUAAGGACAUUGUCAAAUACAUCAUCUCAUGUACCACACGUCGCGUUAUCAACAUGGCGGACAAGGAGCGCGGUCAGACGGCUUUGCAUAUUGCAGCGGAACAAGAUUGCCGUGACGUAUGCGUAAUGCUGGUGGCUGCAGGCGCCAAUUUGGAGGCACGCGACGCCGGUGGCAACACGGCCAUGAUGGUUGCAUUCAACAAGAAUGCCAAUGAGAUAGCAACCUAUUUGGAAAGUAAGCUGCGUGGGGACGCCAAUGCUAACAUCGUCACCACCGUUAGAACCGCAACCAAUACCACCGCUCCUACCACAGCCACCACCAUCGCCACCACAAGCGCCACCAUCAAAAACACCACAACCACCACCACAAUCACCACAACAACCAAUUGUACAUCGCUUUUGGGCUCCUCCAUGUAAAGCACGCAAAGAUCAUCAUUCGUAGAGCGCUAGAUGGGUGCAUAUUCCUUGAACCCCAGCUGAAACACGAGAUCUAAAUCCCAAUGGUUAACAUUCUAAUGUGCGGAAAAUCUUACUCUCUUGCUGCCAACCAAUGGAAAUUGUGUGCUCUGCUGGAUUAAUUGCACACUGAUUGAUCAAAACUACCUGACUGACGAAAAAACAAAAACAAAAAAACCUGCUUGAUCAAAAACUCCCGAUUAACGGAAUACUUACAAACUCAAACUGAAAAAAACACUCAAUGCGAAUAUCAACAUUCCAAUUCAAUUACAAAUGCGACAACUGACACAUCCGCUGCUUACCCAAGGUCAAGAGCGUUUUAUGCAUUCGGAACUGCAAACCAGAAUUUAAUUGUAAACUAAAAUGAAAACUCAGCAAAGAAUGCGAAGUUAGUUUUAAAAAAAACAAAAAUGUUGCCUGCAUCAAGGCGCGCAA